AUGUCUGCUUCACAAAAUUCUCCUUUGCUGCUCAGUCUGGCACUUUUCUUCUUCAUUAUUCAACUGUUACCUUCAGCUCGUGCAGCUCCGAUAAAUCACAAAACCAACCACAGAGAACCCGAGAACUUUAAGAACUGUGCCGAGCUGUACACAAGGGGUCAAACCAUAAGUGGUGUUUAUACAAUCGACCCUGACGGUAAAGGUGCCUUUAAUGUUUAUUGUGACCAGACAACAGCUGGUGGAGGCUGGACAGUCAUCCAAAAGAGACAGAAUGGCUCUAUCGAUUUCAACCGCACCUGGGAUGACUAUACAAAAGGCUUCGAUAACAAUGUUAAAAGUGAUGGUCUCAGGCAUCACACAGGCAUCUCAUUUGGCACUUGGGAUAGAGAUCCUGCUGGUCCUGGAUGCGUAACAAAAAAAGGUGGAGGUUGGUGGUACAGUAAGGAUUGUGAAGAACCUCUGCACUCAAAUCUCAACGGUGUCUAUCAGCUUGGUAGAGGGGGCGAGAUCUAUUGGGCAAAUCUCCAUCCCGAAAUAGCAAGUGGCAGUGCUCCCACGACAACUGAAAUGAAGAGCAGACCUGUGAAAUUUUCUUAA